CCUCGGGUUGAAGGAUAAUUUAAUUCUGAUGGUGUCUAAAAUGGAUGACCUAGCAGUCUCCGCUGGAUUGGUGAAGAAUUAAGAAAAACAUCAAGAAUUGGGCGAGUGCAACUAUUAUCCUGAAUGCAGUAUCUCCCCUUCCCAACCUUUUCCUGGGCAUGUGUGAAGGGUGAUGCCAGAAGACGGGGGGUCCGGGGUCAUCAGCAUUGAUGCAUGCUCUUUCUCACCAAGGGUCCCCUGCUGACUGCUCCUCUGCUGCCAUCGCCCUGUUGCCGAUGCUUCUCUAGCCAAAGUGCAGCAGUUGAUGCUGCGUGCCCAAACACAGUGGAAUGAAAAAAAAUCUGUUGAGUUAACUGGAAACUUGCAAUUUGAAGACAAUGAAUUUGACAACUGAUGACGAUGCUAACUUCAUAACUGAAGAAACAUUUGAUUUUGGAAUUGGUUUCCCAACUGAAAGCCAAGAAUCAUUGCUUGAAACUGACCCUGAAGAAGUUUUAAUUGCUCCAAUCAGGCAUUCUGAGAGGUGUGUUGCUAUGGGAAUUGAUGUGAACUGUAAUAAUGGAAAUCAGCAGAAAACAAACGAAGCCGUGCUGAAGUGGAGUCCACUAAGUGCAGAAAAACUAGUAGAAAUAGUAAAGGAAGCAAAUCGUCUGGCAAAUCAAUUUGAAAAAUGUGCUUUGAAGGAGAAGGAAAAUGCAAAAAUACAGGGAAGAGAGGACAGAAGUGGCAAUGACCGAUCAAAAUUGGAAAAAGAAGCCAAAGCCAAAAUCAGACUUCUACAAGAUAACAGAACGUGUAAAAAAAGUCCUCGAAGUCCAAGGAGAGAUACAUUUUUUGUGUUGGAUAGCCCAAAUAAGGCUCUUCUUCCUUCUGUGAAUCUUCAGGUUAUAAAUGAAAACAGCCCAGACACUAACACCAGACAUGCACGUUCCAUUGAACAUGAAAUCAGCAACUCGAGAAUAGGUUUGACCAGUGAGUCUGAAAGAAUAGCCACCAACAAACCAAUGCAAACAAAGGAAGGUAACCUAUCUACAGAAAUCAAGCAAGCUGCUGUUAAGAAGCAGUCAAUGCUUUCCAAACCAUCUAGUUUGAAACUUCCAUCUGGUUUUAAUAGGAAAGGAAAUAUGCAUUCACUAUCUCCAUCCAAACCCUACCAAUAUCCUAAAAAGGAUUCAGUGCAUGCACCCUUGUCCUCUGCAGGGAAUCUAAAGCAAACCAGAGGUGCAUCAUUAAACAAUCCAGAAAAUCGUUCUGGAAAGAGUACCAUUUUGCACAGCAAACAAAGUAAAGAGAAAGCCCCAAUGAUAUCAGAGACCAAAAUGCAUAGUUCAUCGAUCUCUUUUAAACACUCUGAUACCAACAUUAAGCUACUUCCAAGUGCUAACAAAGCUUCUAGCAAGGAGAUUAGUCAAACACAACCACCAAGCAAGAUUCCUCCUGGAAACAGAUUGAGACCUGGAUCUGUCUCAUCUAUUCGCACUGGGAAUAAAAAUGAAAGAGCCAGUUCAGCUGCCUUUAAAGGGAAAGGAUCAGAAAGACAACUCAAAACCACAAUUACUUCAACUAAGCAUCUGAAUUCCACUGUAUCUGCUUCAGCCAGCCAAAUUAAGUCUCAGCCUGAUAAAGCCACUCCAAGUAAUGUUGUAAAAAGGUUUAGCAUUACAGACUUAUGUUGCUGAUCUUGGUUUGAAGAGGACACAGUAUAUGGAGAUGAUGUUAUGGCAUUCAAUGAGGACAGAAUGUGAGGUUUUUUUUUCUUGCAUUUCUAACUAACCUGUGUAUUGAGAAUUUAUUAAAACUUUUACUGUGGAAUGUUGUGGCCUUUCUCUGAAGGGAGGAGAUUUGGAUGCAGAAAGGACUGAAACCUGUCUAUAUAAACAAUGAAAUUUUAAUGGUUUUAGAAUUAUUUCAAACUGUUUUCUUGGGGAUUUUACUUAUAAGUUAUUCUUAAAACGGAAGCUAUGUAACACUAAAAAAAGUGACAUUGAUUUUUGUUUAGCUAUCUCAUUUAUGAGUCAUAAACUAUGAAUUGUAAAAAUAUAUCUUAAAACUCAUUUUUUACCUUUUUAUCUUGGCUGCGUCAUUACCGGCACAAAAUUAGUUUUGAGACUUUCAGAAAUCCUAGUAAGUGUAUUUGUAAAGUCUGAGAUGUGGUGCACGAGUUUUCUAAUCUUCAUGUCCUUUUUAUUUCACUUAUCACAUACUUCACUGGAGGAAUUUCAAGAGAUUAAAACUGGUUAAAACUGAUCCAUGAAGAAAUGGUUUUGCAAAAGUCUGUUAAAUGUACCUUUAUGAACUGCCAUUCAUUAAUAUUGCCAGGUAUGGUAAAAUGAGCAAAUUAGGGUAGGAAGUUCACAAAUGUAACUCUAUUUCAAGAAAGAAAGGAAAACUGGGAACAUGGUAUGUGAGUUGUUGGAAAAUGAAAGUCUUAACUUCCAUUAGAACAAGUCAGCAUGCUCGAAAGGGAAAUCCUGUUUGACAGAUUUAUUAGCUAGCGAGUUUUGAGAAGAUUUGUAGCUCAGGUUGAGUUUCUGGAUUUGAGUUUGCUUGCUGAGCUGGAAGGUUAGUUUUCAGACAUUUCGUC